AUGACCGAGAAGAACGAUGGACAAGAAUCUGCCCCACUUGAGCACAAGCAGAAGACCAAGAAAAAGAAGGAUGGAAAGUCAAAAAUGAAGAAAACUCGACGUCACUUUCGAGAAGAAACACAGCGAGCACGAGCACCACAAGUUCCACCGAUGGAGGAAGUAAAACCUGCUUAUAAUCUAGAUGAACCGGACGUAGUUGAAAGCGCUACAAGCUUGUCGCCGUCAGCGAUAGUCGAGAUGUUUCACGUGCAAGAAAGAGAGAACACUUCUUCGACUUCGAUCGCGGUAACAGCGCGGUAUCUUGUGGAGAACGAGACGAGCGGCGACUUCUACCACGUACGCACAAGGAAACGCCAACAACAAGUUUAUCUCUCGGACCACACAAGACACCGACGGUCCUCGCUGGUUAAAGCGCAGCAGACGAUUCGGGAUGAAUCGAACAAAGCGGAAACUUUCAUGUGGUGGAAGAUCUUACAGCGAGACGGAGAGAAAGCCAUCGUGGUGAUGCUCUUGGGGGUUGUGACCGGAAUGUGCUGGAUGGACGCUAUGAAUCUGCACGCAGGGGAAAUAUCCACGUCAAGGAAAGAGCUCGACAACUUCGUGUGCACAUACAGCGCAGUGUCCAACCGUUCGCGAAAGAAUCUCUUCAUCCUGUUCAAAUAUCCUUCCACACUAUAA